AUGCUGUCCGUCCAACGCUCGUCCCAACAUUCCGGGAGAUGUACGCCGAACCUUCUGCCCUGCCGAAUCGAACAUAACGGUCCUGUGAAUGCUGCCGAGCGGUAUUGGCGACCCGAGGAGGAAGACGAUGGCAAACAAACAGCCCAUUUUCGCGGACGUAAGCUUCGCGGUCGCAAACUCCAACUCCCCGACGGAUACAGAGGCUCCGUGUUGAGCAGUACGAACAAGGUUCUCCCGCAAUCCGAAGGCGACCGCGGAACUGAGGCAGAAGAAGAUGAGGAAGACGAGCGCAUUGAGGUGCGCCUGAUGGAAGAGGUUGGAGAAUUUGACGAAGUGGUGGUUUGGGGACACGAGGUUGUGCCGGACGAGACUGAGGAUGCGUACUCAAAAGGAAUCAGCGAAUGGAUAUCGUUCGCCGAAGCCAUUCACGCCACGCCCGAGUCGGAAGACGCUCCCCAUGCCUCGAAAUAA